AUGCGACGCGAUCAAUUACCAGACGGGGCAAUACUACCUUUUAUUCCCAGCGAAAUCUCGAAAUUCUCUGGCCCAGUUCCAUACCUCAUGCGACUUGUCUCCUUAUCUGUCGGCUGGGGCGACGCGUCAGUUAUGAUACCGUGGACAUUGAACAGACCCUAUGGAGAUAAACUGGCCUUGGCGGACCACUACAGCAGCAUGUGUCGCUGGGUUGACUUCCCCACGCGACGUGCACAGAAUAGGAGCUGGACUCGUCGACCCCCCACCAAAAAACCUAGGGCGAACUGGAAAACUACAUCGUCGAUACCGGGUACGACUGGGGCAAGUGGGCUCCGUCCUAGCGAAGGAUCCUUCGGCUCAAUCCGGUAUAUUAUCUUUGCGUCAGGUACUGUAGCAACGGCCUAUCCCGCUCACUCGGCUGCUCUGCUAGCCGAAAUAGCUUCUAUUCUUGGAAAACAAGAGGAUGCACAGCGAUACAGCUACCUAGCUGACGAGGCCAGAACUGCAUGGCGUGCGGCGUUCCUCCAGGCGGAUGGUCGCCGUAUAGGCGAUGAUAAGCAGGAUGACUACUAG